AUGAGCUCGGGGGCCGUCGCGGCCUCGGAUCCUAGGGGUGGCGAGACGAAGCUGGCGGCGGGCGCUGACGUCACGAUGUCGGAAGCUGAGGGCGAGGUGCCUGCUUUCUCCGCCGAUGUGAAAGUGGAGGGGAAGGCUCCGUUGGCGAUGGAUGUGGCUCAUGAAGGGGGAGAUGUGGCGGUGACCGACCCGCUCUACGCGACCGAGUCGGCUGGUAUGGUUGGUGCCGAAGGGCCCGGAGAUGAGCACGUGGAAGGCGUGGAGGCGGCGAAUGGAGAGGACGGUGGCGAGGAGGGGACGUUAGAAGCAGGAGCUGGUGGUCUGCUGCCUGAGACGGAGAGGAAGCCUGUUCUGGUGGUAGAUGUGGCUACUGCUGCUGCUGGUUCUGCCACUCCUGAACAUGCUGAAGCCGGAUCCAACGAACUUGAAGAAAAUCAUGUAAUUGUGGAGCCUGGGAGAAAGAAUAAUGAAAGCGAUAAUGGCGUAGCACAUUCUGAUACGGAAAUACAGAACAAUGUGCCUGGUGACAUAGAGGGAAACUCCAAGGAACAUGAAGGUGAUGGAGCACCUGCAGUUGACCAGCCGGAUAAUGCAUCUGAAAUGCUCCCGCAAACAAUAGAGCAGCUUCCUGACAGCGGAAAUGGCCCGGACAGCAACUUAGAGGCUGCUAGUCUGGGGAAUGUUCAUCAGGGUGCUAGAUACUGCUUGCCUCCUCUUGACAAAGGCGGGUUUCAAGUUACUGAUCUUGUCUGGGGUAAAGUGAAAAGUCAUCCUUGGUGGCCUGGUGAAAUUUUUUAUCCAUCGGAUGCAUCUGAAUUGGCGCUGAAGCAUCAGAAAAAGGGCAGCCACUUGGUAGCUUAUUUUGGUGACAAUACUUUUGCAUGGUGUGAUGAAUCCCAGUUGAAGCCUUUUGUAACAAAUUAUUCACAAAUGGAGAAACAGAGCACUUCAGAUGCCUUUGUUGGGUCAGUUAAUAAUGCACUUGAAGAACUCUCAAGGCGGAUACUGUCAGGUAUGAGCUGCUCUUGUUUGCCAGAAGAGCUUGCUGAUAAUGGCAUGUCCUACAUGGUUGAUAAUGCUGGGCUCAAGGAUGGAGUUACUUGCUCUGCAGUUAAUCGGCCCGAGAUCUUAAACUGUUUCAGUCCACAAAACCUUCUUCAUUAUAUUAAGGAGUUAGCUCUAUUUCCUGGCCAAGGAGGUGAUCUGUUGGAGUUAGUGAUAGCGUGUUCUCAACUUACUUCUUUCUAUCGAUCUAAGGGAUGUCCUGAACUUGCAUCAUUUCAAACUGGCGAUGCGUGGGUUGAGGAUGGUGAUGGUCUGGAUGGUACAGACACUUUAUCCACCCAGAAUGUAAUGGUCGAGGAGCCUGUGAUUAAUGAAGUGCGUCCUACUCAAGAGAAGCCCAAAAGGGGCAGGGGGAGACCUCGGAAACAAAAACCUGGUGAUGGCCAGGUGGUGAUGGAGAAAAGAAGCACAUCUAAUCAGGUCAAUGAUACUAGCUACAAUGAGAAACAAGUGGGUGUGGACUUUGAUGACUAUGACAGCUUACAGAACAAGAAGAAAAGAAACUUCGACUCAUUUGAAGAUUCAGAGAAGUCAUCGGCUCCAACUGGUGGUAGUUCUUUCAAGAUCGGUGAGUGUAUUCGGCGAGCGGCAAGCCAGCUGACAGGAUCUUCAUCCAUUAUGAAGGCUCAGAAUGAACCAACAGCCUAUAAGAAUGCUGCUGAAGGAGAGAAUGGGGAAUUUGAUAUCUCUAGUGAUGAUGCUGGUGAUGAACUUACUGUGGAGAAACGAGCGAAAAGGAGACGUCUGCACAGAAAUCACACUGCAGAUCCCAAGGAAUUACUAUCACAGCUAUGCAUGGUUGCAACAGAGCCAAUGAAUGGAUAUAGUUUCUCACCAAUGAUAAUCAGUUACUUCAAUGAUUACAGAAACUAUAUUGUUUCUACAACUACUGAAGCUAACAUUGUUGACAAAGGUACAUCUAAGAGAGGGAGGAAGAGAAAAGAAGUUUUACCUUCUCCUGAGGUAGAGACAACGGACCAUAUGCAGGACUCGUACUGGUCCGGAUUGAGCUUGCAUAAUCAUCCAAUUAAUGACCUCAGAAAAGAGAGUCCCAAUACAAGGCCAAGACGUAGGCGAAGAUCCUCAAGACAUGCAUAUGUACCUUUGUCGGAACUUGGGGAUCCGGUUCCUAAAAAACAGAUACAAGUGAUGGAAAGAUCUAUCAUCCAUGUUGAUGAGAAGAUGGUUGAUGAGUUGAAGCCCACUGCACUUGUUUUGAGCUUUGGCAGAUCAGCUGCUAUUCCUUCAGAACUGGAUCUUGUUAAGAUGUUCAGUCGCUAUGGGCCACUGAAAGAAAGGGAGACAGAAGUACACAAGGAAACAAAAACUGUUAAAGUUGUCUUUAAAAAGCGUGCCGAUGCUGAAAGGGCUUUUAGUGUAGCUGGCAAGUAUGGCACUUUUGGACCUUCGCUUCGAAGUUACCGUCUUGUCAAUAUGCCAUUUUCUCUAGAGACACUGUCAGCAAAUAAUCCUGUGAAAAAACCUGAAGAUCGUGACAUGGAGAUUCCAGGUUCGACUAAGUCCGAAGUUCCUAAGGAUUCCAUGGAAGUUGACCUGAUGCAGAAAACAGAUAAAGUAGAAGUUGCAGGAGAGCUGUCGUCUGAAGAAGUUGAGACUGUGAGGCAAACUUCUCAAGUGGAAGCUGCAGACAGUGCAUUUGUCAGUCAAGUUGACAGGCUUGAGAAAGCUGGAAAGAUUGACGCCGAGCUAAUUGGCCAUGUUAAUCAAAUUGGGAAAGGUACACAAGCUGCAUCUGUACCUGAAGUGUCGUCUCAGCAAGUUGGCGAUGUUGAGCAAGCUUACAUUCAAAAGGAAGUUUCAAUCAGUGAUCUACCCACAGAGACAGAAACCUUACAUUCUGAUGCUAUAAUAAAAGAGUUGCCUCAGAAUGCUCCAGAUAAUAUGCAAACAGAUGUUGUAGUCGAAGCUCCAAAGCAGAGUCACAUUUCAGGAGAUAAUGCCGUAUUUGAAGCAGACACUGAAGCACCAAGUACUGCACAAGAUCAUACUGUGGAUGAUACUGGGAAUGAAGUUCUAGAAGAGCAUAUGGUAUCUCCUGAGUUAUUACAAAGUCAAACCUCUGGUGAGAAACUAGCGGGACAGACAGUAACUGAACAAAAAGUGGGACCUGAAGAUCCAAAGUCACAAUCUGAAAAUUUUGCUGCUGAACCUUUCGUACAAGGUGCAGUUGAGCAAGUAGAAGUUGAAGUGGAAUCCAAAACUACUGUUGAAGUAUCAGGUGAACAGGGCUAUAGUAUUGAGCAGACUGUUCAAGUAGAAGCUGUAAUUGAAGCAUCAGGUGGACAACUUGAGGUGGGAAGACAAAUUUCUGAAGAUGAAUCUAUGGCUGAUGCAACUACUGAGCGCUCUACGGUCGUGGUUGAAACUGUGGAGGCAGAAGUAGUACCAGUCCAGGAGAAUGUAGAGAAUGCCGCUGCUGCCGCUGCUGCUGUUGGAGUAGUUGAGGAGACUGCUGAAGGUGAAACUAAGGAGGAAGCGCCAGACGAGAAGGGGAAAAUAGAACAUAAAGAAUAUGCUGACAAAUUAGCUAAGGAGACCAGGGCAGGUGAAGUUACAGUUGAGGCACCAGAUGAGAAAACAGAAAAUAAAGCAGAUGCUGACACACUAGCUGGGGAGACCAAAGAAGUUGAAAUUACAGUAGGGGCACCAGAUGAGAAAAUAGCAAAUAAAGAUAUUGGGGAGACAACCGAAGGUCAAACUACAGCUGGAGCACCAGUUGAAGAAGCUAUAACAGCUGAGGAAAUGGUAGAGGAUGUUAAGGUGCUAGAUGAUAAAUCUACAGCAGCUGAGAAACCUGUAGAGAAUGCCACAGUUGUGACACAUGAGAAUUCAACUACAGUUGAGAAGACUCUGCAGGAUGCCAUUACGCCAGCAGAUACAAAUACCUCCAACGCUGAAAAAACUGCUGUGGUUGCCACAGCUAAAGCACUAGAUGAGGAUGCUCCAGCGGUGGAGAAGACUAUAGAGGAUACCUCGGUUGAGGCACCAGAUGUACAAGCAGGUGCAAGUGAGUAA